AAGGCUAGAUAUAAAAUUAAACAAAAAUAAUUUAAUAACAUUAAAUUACAUCAGCAGUUUAGUUCAGUUCUUACCAUCCAUACCAGAUGUGAUGCCGGCUACUCGGCAUCUCAUCGGGUAUGGGACUGACGCCCGGCGGCCGCUGCAGCCGGUCCGUAGCGAGCGGGGGCGGCAGGGGGAGGCAAGGAGGUGGGGGUCGCCCGGGCUUAUAGGACAGCGAGGAGUAUAACCACGCGAUAUUCAACCUUAUAUCUAUGCAUCCACAGUUCAUUUUGCUUUGGAGUAUGAAAUUUUGUUUACCACAUGGCAAGCGUGGUAUUUUCUACCGAUAAUUUCAACCUUAUUUCUAAUACGCAACAGUACAUUUUACACUGAGAUUGUUAAGCUUGUUUCUACGAUAUAAAUGGAGUAUUUUACGUGGCGAAUUUGAACCUUAUUAUUAGUAUUGUUUGAUUUGGCUGAAGAAACAAAAUAUUUGUGUAUCGAUUUUGUAUUAAGGUAUAGGUUUCAUAUCUAUGGGGCAGUUUCGUGUGUAGUAUUAAACGACAAUUAACUAAGCUUUUGUUAUGAUUGGUUUUGUAGGUACCAUUCAAAUUAAGUGUUGUUCUAAAAUAUUAAAAAAAAGCAAAACUAAAUACAAUUUGUGAAUGAACACUAAAAUGCGAAUGACAAUUAAUCUCGAAUAUUGUUUAUAUUUCUUUCAGAUCCAUUCUUAAGUUUAUUAUAAUUUUAUUCGGUAUCAAAUUAAAAGCUCUAGCAAUUAUUAAUUCUAUGUCUAGAUUUUGUAUUUCUCAUUAAGAAAUUCAUUUACUUUUUAAUUUCAGUCGACAAUUUAUCUCUGUUGCCUCUAUAACAACAAACUAUAAGAAAUUACGCUAGUUAGCGGUUGGUAUGAUACUCAAUUUAAUGGUUGAGUAUAUUUGGUCUUCUUUGGCCUAUUAAUAGGGAAUACUCAUUAUCGCGAGUCUGACCUGCACUUGGCUAGAUUUAAUUUCAUUUCUAUACCUUCAUGGCACAACAAAAGCUUCCCCUCUAUUCUCACAAUACAUUUACUUGCAUGAGAAAAAUGUGACAAACAUUACCAAAUUUAGGUUUAUUCAAAGCCUUAGCAAACAUUACUCCACGGCGGUACUAACAUCAAACCGCAGGCAAAGAGACUCUCAAAUGAGACAGUAAACAGGUAAGUAUCCUAGGUCUCCUAGUGCUGGUACUCUAGUGCCGGCACUAACGGUGUAAGGUACCGUGAAGGCUUGUAAUUAAGUUUGUCGUAGACUGAACAUACAACGGGAUCUGGCACUGUGUAGAUAUAACCGUAGAUUCAGUUAAUGCGGAGUUCGGAUGUAAAAAAAUGAAUCUUUGAAAUAACAUUUUACGUGACUAUGUUGAUCUACGAUAGUGUUUUACUGCUAUAAUAAUAUAAUAGUAAUUACGAAGUAAUAGUGCAACCUAAAGUGCAAAUACACAAACUUUGGUUAUGUGUCCAAGGACAAUAGAAUAUAGAAGCAGAAUACCCUCGACUUUUUUUACCUGUAAUUUCACCCAAGCCCAGCAAUUCGUUGCCUGUCUUACUUUAGAAUAACGUUAUCACCAAGUUAACCAUAUGUCUUAGCCUUCUGCAUAAUCUUGAACAGUGCCAAGAGAAUGCUGACACAAUAUGUACGCGAGCACUACUGCGACCGAGCGGGAUUUAUGCUCUUUCUACCUUCAAUCCAGCAUUAUUCACGAAACUAUCUACUAAAAUACUUCACCUGAAAACUGUAGCGAAAACUCAGCAAAGUCGAGUUUUUGUAACGUUCAACGAGCUAUUGUAAACACGUUCUGUUGUAGACUGGUACUUUGUGGGAACGAGACAGCGUCCUACACGGCCAAUAGCCGCCUCUCUUUCACAACUAAAAUAGUCUUAACUUAAGAGGUUGGUGUGAGGCCACUGAAGGACCUAGAUUAUGUAUCUAUUAUCAUUGUAUAGUAACGUAGAUUACUUUUAAUUGUAAAGGAACAAUUGCAUUGUCACGUUGAACGUCGCUCUAUUGUUUUUUACUACAAAGGUUUUUUUAUAAAACUACCACACCCUUUUCUCCGCAUGCAAUCAGAGCUAUCUUUUGAUCAACGCUCAUCUUUUAAAGAUUAGUUAGCAGUAGUUACAUAUUAGAAUUUAUAAACUUGUCAUUUACAUCACGAGAUUCUUAAUCUAUUUUAAUUAAUUAACCAUCCUCUGUUUUAAUUGAGUAUUAAUAUUAAUUAUUAUGUUAUUUCCCGUGAACUUAAAUAGUUAUAGCAUUGCUAAUCAUGUACUGUAAUUAGUUAAUUACAAAAUGUUAUUGCAACAUCUUAAUGUGGAGAAAGCUACGUUUCUGAAGACAUCCAGUUUCUCUUCGUUCAGAGUAUUCUACAAACAUGUCUCUUCAGUUGUAAAUGUGGAACCGGAACCAAAUGACAGAUAACUACAUAAACAUUUAGAUGUACUACACCAGUAUUGAGCAUGUUGUUGUCAACUUACGUUGUUCUAUAAUGUAAAUGAAAUUUUGUAUUUUUAAAAGGGUAACUUAGUAAAGUUCGCCAAGGGUAGUCUCUAUAAGAAAGACAUUUUGGAACGGCGAAACUAGACUCAAUGGCGUUUCAGAAGUAUCUGAGAACAUCCUACUUGUAAUAAAAGCUAUUUAUUUUGUUGAGCAAGAAAAACUUUGAAUAAUACGAGGCUAGAAAUAAAAUAGCCUCAAUUGUCCUAACUUUGAGCAAAGGCCUUCUUUGACAUGAAAUCUAAAUAAAUAAAGCAUGUUAUGAUUCCUUGCCGUAGUGAUUCAUUUUCGUUGAGUGCAUUCAGUAAUACGAAAAAAACUAGGCACUAAGAAAAAUCUUUCAAGCAAAUUAAUUAUGAAUUGAUCACCAAAUAUUGAUAAAGUAAAUAUUUUUAAGCGGCGCAAGAAAGUAAAUCGUCCAUGAGGAAAACUACAUACGAGUACGAUGAUAUUAGUAAAUACAAUCAAAACUGAACUUUAUUGUUCAAUAACACAGUCCACUUUGCCAUCAAUGAUGGAUAACGUAAACACAUUACAGACAGCUUAAAAGCAACCAUAUUCACUCGAAUUAAGGAUCAAUUUAAAGCAAAUAUGUAAAGUUAAUAACAUUGAGGUAUUUUUUAGCCGAACCACGUGUGAUCAAAUUCCAGCUAAAUGUUAUUUACAUAGACGUGUCAACGGUCUUGAUGACGUAAAUAUAGCCAAGAAAAACUUAAAAUAUAUGAUAGGUUACACAUAAACUUUACUUCUAAGAAUAACUAGCUAAGCAACUAGGUAAACGCAAAUACAAGCAAGAUUUUAACUGGUGAAAAUCCAGCAGGCUUUGGAUGUAAUCUAAGUUCCAAUCUUUCUGAAAGUUUGCUUUGUCACGACUAAAUCCAUACAGUUAUCUUUACCUCGUCAAUUUUUUAUCUAUUUCUACAUAAACUAUGUUACGAAUAUGAUUAAAAACUUAAGACUAGAAACUUCAAAUUGUUAGAAUAUCACAUACAAAUAACUGUAGCGAUGGCACUGAACAUAACAAAUUCCAUUGGAUAUCUAUCUGUUGAUGACUAACACCGCAAGCCCUUAAUUGUUCCCAGUAGUUGGCGUUCGUGAGAUAGAACGGUGUGAUAUAAACAUACACGAGGUCGCGUCGGCUGUAACCGUCUAAUUGAAUAAACAGUUUGAUUACACGGUCCAUUGCUUAAAUACUACGAAGCGAGAUGAAGAAAUCCAUGAGUUAUAUCGCACCUCGGACAAAAAUUAACAAAAUAUUGAAAUUUCGGAUGGGUUUAUUCAUUUACAAUGUUAAAGUUUUGAAAAAUAAAUAGCAGGUGCACUUGGAAAUCAUAUUCAUGAUAACAAGAAGUAUAAAAAGAAUCCAUGCAUAAUCGUAAGCAUUUUACGCAAAACCAGAGCACACUACCAGGAUUUCCAAAUUAGCGCAAAUUUGAUGAAUCGGAACCAAUUAGGGUUUUACAAAGACCAAUUCUAAUGUAUGAGAAUUCCCUAAACCUUACGCACCACCGCUGGGGUCAUUAAGGAAGCUAAUUAACAAAUUGUUAAUGUCUAAUGGUUCCGAUACUCACUGGUAUAUAAGAUAGUCAUAUUUAAUUUAUGAACAUUCAAUAAGUAUCGUCUGAACAGUGAUACAGUGACAAUGAAGGUUUUGGUGAGUUUAAUUCUAAUACCCAAUUGUGAAGUGUGAUUGAAAGACUAUAAGAUCCCUAUCAGUUCAUAGCAAAUGGAUAGAUUAACUAGCUGAAUAUAAAGAUCAAAAUGCGAAGCUGUAGAAUACACCUCCAAGCUUAUUCCUUCCAUUAUUACAAACAAUCUGAAUGAAUCCUGGCCAUUUUAACUAUUUUGUUCGUUUGCAGGCUGUUGUAGUCCUCGCCGCGGUGGCUGUUGUUCAAGCAGUACCAUACUUACCAUAUGGAGGUAAUAUAUUAAUUUAAGUACAACGUUUUUUUCAUUAAUGUUUCUUAAUUGGAAUUUUAAUAAUCUUGAACUAACCAACUGUAUUAUCUUUUUAGGUGGUAUGGGUUCCGGUGGCCUUGGUGCCGGAGGUAUGGGCGCUGGUGGUAUGGGCCCCGGUAGCCUUGGCGCUGGCGGUCUCGGAGCCGGUGGUCUGGGCGCUGGUGGUCUAGGCGCUGGUGGUUUAGGCGCUGGCGGUCUAGGCGCUGGCGGUCUAGGCGCUGGCGGUCUUGGCGUCGGUGGUAUGGGUCCCGGUGGUCUAGGCGCCGGUGGACUUGGCGCCGGUGGUAUGGGCGCAGGUGGUCUGGGUGCAGGCGGACUUGGCGUCGGUGGACUUGGCGCUGGUGGUAUGGGCGCAGGUGGUCUGGGUGCAGGCGGUCUUGGCGUCGGAGGUGUGGGCACCGGCGCCGGCUAUGUAGGAGGAAUGGGCGGUGGUGGCGGCUACAACAGCGGCAGCAACUAUGGCCAAGCCGGCUACACUGGUGGCAACAACGGCUAUGGCAGCAGCGGAUACGGAACCGGCGGUGCCAGUAACCAGUACAACAUGGGUCACCAAGAACAUGAUUUCAGCCAAACCACACACGAGCACACAUCGUCUGGUCACAACGUAGGAGGCUCCACGGCAGGAGGAAGCCAAGGUCAUCAAGCAGGAGGUUACAACAACUACGGAGCCGGCCAGCAGGGUUACGGCAACCAAUACAACCAUGGUAUGUCUUACCUAAGAGGUUGAGUCUUAAAAAGCAUUUUAGAAUUCAUCGGAAUAAAUACAAAAUCUUAUGGUU